AUGGCAAAAAUAAUCAUUCUAUUGAUUAAAGAUAUCAAAAGAAAUUAAUGUUUAUGUUAGUCUGGUUAUUAUUAUGAUGAAAUAAAUCUACCAUGCCUACCAAUAUGUGGAGAUUAAAUCAUAGUUGAUGAAGAAGAUUGUGAUGAUGGUAAUAAUGAUCCAUUUGAUGGACUUUAUUAAUGUUAAUUUAAAUGUUAAGAUGAAUGUUAAGUUUGUUUCAAAGAUAAAUGUUAUCAAUUCAAAGAUAAUUAUAAAUUAAUUGAGGCAAUUUACUCUUGCAUAUAAAUUUGUAAUGAUUAGUAAUAAUUAAAAAUGAUUAAUGCAAUGAUAGCAAUGAUAAUAAAUUUGAUGGAUGUCAUUUUUGUUAAUUUUAAUAUUGCUAUAAUUUUAUCCAUAUUGUAGUUUAGGAAAUUUUUAUAAAUGUGA